CAUGGCUUAUUUAUUUUUCAAAAUUGAUCAGUUUCCCGUUUUUCGGCCAUUCGGACCAUCACUGCCCGGACAUCGAGUGUUGUGUUAUGUUCAGCUGACGUUCGCUCUUUCCGCCGUUUGAGGCUUUAGGACGACUAUCCGUGUUAGCGUGUUCAACAUGGCGUUGAUCGUGCCCCCGAACUUCCAGCACAUUUUGCGUGUCCUCAACACCAACAUUGAUGGCAAGCGAAGCAUCAUGUUCGCCAUGACCGCCAUCAAGGGAAUUGGCCGGCGCUAUGCCAAUAUCGUGCUCAAGAAGGCCGAUAUCGACUUGAGCAAACGUGCGGGUGAGUUAACCGAGGAGGAGAUUGAGAAGAUCGUGACCAUCAUGCAAAACCCCCGGCAAUACAAGAUCCCCGACUGGUUCCUUAACAGGCAAAAGGACAUCAAGGACGGCAAGACCAACCAAGUGAUGGCCAAUAUCUUGGACAACAAGCUUCGUGAGGAUUUGGAGCGUCUGAAGAAGAUCCGCGCUCAUCGUGGUCUGCGUCAUUACUGGGGUGUGCGCGUGCGCGGUCAACACACCAAGACCACCGGUCGACGCGGCCGAACCGUGGGUGUGUCCAAGAAGAAGUAGAAACACCUCCCUGCACACCACCCACAGGGCCUGUCCACAAUCUUAUGCCGAGGAGAAAUAUACUUUGUAUCCGCCUCAA